CGGCCGCGAUCUCAAACCAAACACAAGAAUUGGCGUGUGACUCAUCUGCUUGGAUACCUCCAGUCCCCAAACUGUGUUCCAGGAGUUUUCUUGGCGGAAGCUGCCCGAUGUUUGAGCCUUUUCUUCCCAGAGAAGAAGAUGGACUGAAAGCUGCCAGUUGGGGACUUUUUGUGAUUAGGGCGCUGCUGGGUUUUAAAGGAGGUGAUGGGGCUUGCGCUGGCUUGUCUUCCCACCCAAGUGAAGAGUUGAUGUUCACUGGUUAUGCUUAGACAAUGUGCAGUUUGUGUUAAUUUAAAAUUUUGGGUGGGAUAGGGGGAUAGGCUUGUGAAGGGCAGUCCGGAUCCGGAGGAACUCCUCUUUGUUCCUGGUAGGAGAGCCACCCCCAGUCUAUCCUCGAUGCCGUCAGCCUUGGCCAUCUUCACUUGCCGCCCGAACUCGCACCCGUUUCAGGAGCGUCAUGUCUACCUGGACGAGCCCAUCAAAAUCGGCCGCUCAGUGGCCCGCUGUCGACCAGCGCAGAAUAAUGCCACUUUUGAUUGCAAAGUGCUGUCAAGGAACCACGCUCUCGUCUGGUUUGAUCACAAGACGGGCAAGUUUUAUCUUCAAGACACUAAAAGUAGUAAUGGUACUUUUAUAAAUAGCCAGAGAUUGAGUCGAGGCUCUGAAGAAAGUCCACCAUGUGAAAUUCUUUCCGGUGACAUUAUCCAGUUUGGGGUAGACGUGACAGAGAAUACACGGAAAGUUACCCAUGGGUGUAUUGUUUCCACAAUAAAACUUUUUCUACCAGAUGGUAUGGAAGCCCGGCUCCGCUCAGAUGUCAUCCAUGCACCAUUACCAAGUCCUGUUGACAAAGUUGCUGCUAACACUCCAAGUAUGUACUCUCAGGAACUAUUCCAGCUUUCUCAGUAUCUACAGGAGGCCUUACAUCGGGAACAAAUGUUGGAACAGAAGUUAGCCACGCUUCAGCGGCUACUAGCCAUCACCCAGGAGGCUUCAGAUACCAGUUGGCAGGCUUUAAUAGAUGAAGAUAGACUCUUAUCACGGUUAGAAGUUAUGGGAAACCAAUUACAGGCAUGCUCCAAAAAUCAAACAGAAGAUAGUUUACGAAAGGAACUUAUAGCAUUACAAGAGGAUAAACAUAACUAUGAGACAACAGCCAAAGAGUCCCUGAGGCGGGUUCUUCAGGAGAAAAUUGAAGUGGUUAGAAAACUUUCAGAAGUUGAGCGAAGUCUGAGUAAUACUGAAGAUGAAUGUACCCAUCUGAAAGAAAUGAAUGAAAGGACUCAGGAAGAAUUAAGAGAAUUAGCCAAUAAAUAUAAUGGAGCAGUUAAUGAGAUUAAAGAUUUAUCUGAUAAAUUAAAGGUAGCAGAGGGAAAACAAGAGGAAAUCCAACAGAAAGGACAGGCUGAGAAAAAAGAAUUACAACAUAAAAUAGAUGAAAUGGAAGAAAAAGAACAGGAGCUCCAGGCAAAAAUAGAAGCUUUGCAAGCUGAUAAUGAUUUCACCAAUGAAAGGCUAACAGCUUUACAAGAGCACUUGCUUUCAAAGAGUGGCGGGGACUGCACUUUUAUCCAUCAAUUCAUAGAAUGCCAGAAGAAGCUGAUCGUCGAAGGGCAUCUAACCAAAGUGGUAGAAGAAACAAAGCUUUCAAAAGAAAAUCAGACAAGAGCAAAAGAAUCUGAUUUAUCAGAUACUCUGAGUCCAAGCAAGGAAAAAAGCAGUGACGACACUACAGACGCCCAAAUGGAUGAACAGGACCUAAAUGAGCCUCUUGCCAAAGUGUCCCUUUUAAAAGAUGACUUGCAGGGUGCACAGUCAGAAAUUGAGGCAAAGCAAGAAAUACAGCAUCUUCGAAAGGAAUUGAUCGAAGCCCAGGAGCUAGCUAGAACAAGUAAACAAAAAUGCUUUGAACUUCAAGCUCUUUUGGAAGAAGAAAGAAAAGCCUAUCGAAAUCAAGUUGAGGAAUCCACUAAACAAAUACAGGUUCUUCAAGCCCAGUUGCAGAGGUUACACAUCGAUAUUGAGAAUCUCCGGGAGGAGAAGGACAGUGAAAUCACAAGUACUAGAGAUGAAUUGCUUAGUGCCCGAGAUGAAAUUUUGCUCCUUCAUCAAGCAGCAGAAAAGGCUGCCUCUGAGCGGGACACUGACAUUGCUUCUUUACAACAAGAGCUUAAGAAGGUGAGAGCUGAGCUUGAGCGGUGGCGGAAAGCAGCGUCUGAAUAUGAGAAAGAAAUCACAAGUCUGCAAAACAGUUUUCAGCUUAGAUGUCAACAGUGUGAGGACCAGCAGAGAGAGGAAGCAACAAGGUUGCAAGGUGAACUAGAGAAGUUGAGAAAGGAAUGGAAUGCAUUGGAAACCGAAUGCCAUUCUCUAAAAAGGGAAAAUGUUUUGCUAUCAUCAGAACUGCAACGGCAAGAAAAAGAAUUGCACAAUUCUCAGAAGCAGAGUUUAGAGCUUACCAGUGAUCUCAGCAUCCUUCAAAUGUCUAGGAAAGAACUUGAGAAUCAAGUCGGAUCCUUGAAAGAACAGCAUCUUCGGGAUUCAGCUGACUUAAAAACUCUUCUCAGUAAGGCUGAAAACCAAGCAAAGGAUGUACAGAAAGAGUAUGAAAAGACACAGACUGUACUCUCAGAACUGAAGUUGAAGUUUGAAAUGACUGAGCAGGAAAAGCAGUCAAUCACAGAUGAGCUCAAACAGUGUAAAAACAACCUGAAGCUGCUCCGAGAGAAAGGAAAUAAUAAACCCUGGCCCUGGAUGCCCAUGUUGGCUGCCCUGGUUGCAGUAACAGCCAUCGUGCUGUACGUGCCAGGUCUGGCCAGAGCUUCUCCAUGAGAGCGUUCCUUGAGUCCGUACACCGUCCUCCCUCUAGAAGCUGGCAUCACACUCAUGCUGGGGACAAACAGAACCAUUUUCUUCCUCUUUACCUCUUAAAACAGCAGAAGUACAAGAAUACAGCUGUAGGGUCAUUGCUUUAAAUUAUAUAAAAUGUAUCUGUCUAUAAAGAAGAUAUAAAAUUGUGACUUUAUUCUACUGUAAGCAAUAAUUUGCUUGCAAUUUUUCAUGUAAUUUUUAAAUUAGUAUGUUGAGAUUCUGAAUAUUAUGGUGGCCUAAAGUAGGCUUCUUGGUACACCAGAUUAUUUAUAACAUUAAAUUUGUGAGUAUUUUACUCUGAAUUCUGAUGGCCAGAUAAUUCAUUUUUCCGAUUCGAUAACUACCCAAACCAAACAACCAAUACAUACAUGGGAAGAGAGGCCCUGUGUGCUCAGUGCCUAUCAGUUUGAAAUAUAUACACAUAUAUAUAUUUUUUUUUACAUAUUUACGCCAUUUUUACUCAUAAAACCACUGAGCUAUUGGGAACAAGACUUAGAGACAACUAUUUGCGUAGAUUUUUUUUUUUUAAGGAAAAAUACAUUUGGAAAAUAAACUGUUAUGGUGAUAAUUUGGGGAAUAUGUGCACGCUUGUUCAGCCUUAAUGUGACUUGAAGUUGUGGAGGACAUCAACUUUAAAAAACUUUCCAUGAGAGUGUGUAUUUUCUUGAGCAAACUGAAGAAUUUCUGGGAGCAAAAACGUAGUAAUUAUACAAUUUCAGUGCAGUCAACCAAACUGUUGAGUCAAUUGGAAUGUAAUUUAUUAAACCUCAUGUAUUUAAAGAGAUAUUUUUCUUUAAAAGGCAAGUUACUUUCUCAUAUACAGCAUUUUAGGAAGCAUGAUUUUUUUUUUUUUUCUGUCAUCUAUUCCUCCAAGCAUGUUUAAUUGAAGAAAGUAUUAAUAUCUCUUUAGAUAAGCUUGUAUUGACCUAAUUUGGUUUAUGAUGUGUCAGAGCUAAUUCAUGUUCAGGGUGAGCUGUUGUACCUACCAACAGAUUUCCUGGUUGAGUAUGCAAAUGGUUAUUUUCUUUUUAUUGUUGUUAAUUGGGACUUUCUGUUAAUGAAAUGCACUAUUCCCAGGAUAUAGUGUUCUAUGCACAAUGAAGCACCUAAAAACACUGCUUGAUGUUAUAAAUUUAAAACACAAGUGAAAGUUUAGCCAUGGUUUUGUGCGGCAUCAUAGUUAUGUCAAUAAAGUUUAUUUAGGUCUUAGAAUAUCCUAAAAUAUCACAUAGUUAAAUUUUUCAGUCAGUAAAGACCGGGAGGGAAUGUCAGUGAAUUGGCUUGAAUGUUCUGUGGCAAUCCACAGGUCUAGUCAAAUAUUGAAAUAGGAGUUUAGGGUAUAAUUUGCCUUGUGAUGUUUGGCAGUCACUGUUUAUACUUUAAAGGUUAUAUUUUAAGCUAUUUGGGAUUGCUGUUGGGAGGAUCACUAGAUUUAUGGAGGAAUUAGUCACAAAUGACUUGUAGAAAAUACUGUCAUAUAGUUCAUUUCAUCAUUUUCUGUUGCAGGAAGCCACUCCACCACAGAAUGCUAAUAUGCCAGUGGUACCCAGUACCUCUUGUAUAUAGGUUAUUGCAAAUAUUGUUCUGAAAUGCUUAACUUCAGAAUUACAUUUUUUAAAGUAAAUAAUUGUUUUAAAUCUAUUUUGUAAAGAUAUAAACUACAAUAGAAUUUCUGGAGUACAGAUUAAACUAUUUGCACUAACAUACGUGAUGUGCAUGAUUUAAUAAAAUAACUUUACUCUCCCUA